CACUAGUCGUCUGUAAACAAAGUCGAUAGAAGGCCGGGAAACAGACUAUUUAAUUACUUGCACUGCAUUUUUCUACCUUAAACUUGUAUUGAAUCGACUUCACGCACACAUGUAUUUAUAAAUUUAUAAGCUAGCUGUCAUGUGCUCUGUGGAUUAUUGAAGAAUCGAAGAUCGAUCGUUUGUUGUAUUAACUGUAUAACACAGCUUUAAACAUAGAGUCAGAUAAAAGUGUUAUUGCUACAUAGGUAAAAUGUGUCAGACACACAACGCGCGGUGAGACUAAGACAUAGGGAAGUUGAAGAUAAACUAUUAUGAUCGAACUGUUUGAUGCAAAGAACUAUCAAGAAAUAUUGAUAUAAUUUUGGUUUAAUUAUUUGUGAAAUUUUCAGUUGUUUUAAUAAUAUUUAAUUAUUGGACGAUUAAAAUAGGUUCGAUGCGGACAUUAUUUUAGAGAGGAAAGGGAUUCAAAAAUGGUAUCCACCUCCUUACCCGGUAACAAGGUGUCAGAUGAGGCAAUCUUGCACAUGGUCAAGCUGCUAUCGCUGUUCUACCUGCUGAUCGGCGUCGGCUGCUUGGCAACUGGAUGUCUUACUCUCAAAUACGCGGCCCCGGACAUCAGCUUCCCGUACUCGACUGGAUCUGGCCUUUGGACGGGGCUGUUGACAGUGAUCAACGCGGGUGUUGGUGGGUUUUUAUGUCGGUUCUACGACUCCCGGAACCCGGCGGCAACCAAAUGUCUGGUAAUCACUUUAUAUACGUUGGUAAUAAUAGACAUCACGUGCGGAACGCUGCACGUGAUCUACUCUGCAUUGGGCAUGCGCAAAUGUUAUUCGGAUAUCCGGACUGGUCACAUGUCCUGCAAUCCUGAAGAACGUCCCCGCAUACUGCUAACUGGCGGAUUUAAUGCAGCGUUCGGAAUAAUUAUCGCAAUAAUUUCUAUUGUGUUUACAAUAUACAUAUCUCUAAGACAGCGGUUACAUAUAUUAACAGGAUUGGUAACCAAUGACGAACAGCAAGGCAAACUAGUGACUUGUUGCUUCGGAAAGUGUAUUUGUUAUUUACAAGGUUGUAUUGUUUCACGAAAUGGUACCUAAAGGAGUUUUGUCCCUUUCAUUUUAGGAACCGCGAUCUGGGAAAAAUGGACUUAAUGCCUGUGCGGAUUAGCAUGUGUAGUCCGCACAAGCUAAUCAUGGACGACACUUUCCGCUGUUAUAAAAAAUUUCGUUUAAAGAAAGUCUCUUCUAAACGAAAAUCCAGAUUAGGCGGAAAGGGUCGUCCCUGAUAAGUGUUGUGCGGACUGCACAGGCUAGGCUGGGACACAUUAAGCGCAUGAACGAAGCCUAGUUUUUUUUUCUAUAACGCGACACAUAUAUUCAUUUUGCUAUGUCUGACAGAGCUAAACGGAUUGGCGCUAAAUAAGUUCGUCAUGAACAUAUUGUCUGGCAACUUAUCAAUCGUUUGCCCUGCCCGCUUAUUUUCGUAAGUAAUUCGAUUAAGCAUCUGAUGCUAUCCUUUCUAGCUGCUGUGAUAAUUUCAUUGUAUUUCUCUCGUUUUAUUGUCACUUCACUUAUGGCAUACCAAUAUGGCAUUAAUUGCAUCGUUUAUUUAUCGUUUUACGAUUUGCAACAUGAAUAUCAUUUUUGAGAGGGAGUUUGAUCCAUACGUAAAGUGUAAUUCGAUUUGUUACCAGUAGUUAAUUAGACUAGGUUAUUUUGAAUGCAUUUUUUGCACUCUACACACUGCCCGUAUUUACUUCACAGUCAAGUAUGCAGUCAAACAUUGUUUUUACUUUCGUCGUGGAGUGUGGCAUUUAUAUUGAGUAUGUAUAAUUAACGAAUAGCAUGCAUGCACAAUAUGUGGCUAUAACUAUUGUGAUUAAUAUUUAUUGCGCAAAAAAACACCAGUUUUUUAUAAAAUGCAUUAUUUCUCAAAGAAUUUGCAUAAUAUUGAAUACAAAUGUUGAAGUAUCGGUAUUAAGGCACAUCCAUUCUGUAAUAUAAAAACAUAUUUGAAUAUUAAGUGAUAUAUUUUGAUAUAUAAUUAGAGCAUUUAUUGUGUAAGGCGCAACUAUUAUAUGCUACCUUAAUGUAUGAUAGUUCUAUUAUUUUAUGUUUAUUGUUACACAUGUAUUUGAUUCGUAUUUAUUAUUUUACAUGCACUUAUUUUGACAUAUGAUUUUCAUUUGUACUUAAUCCAUUGUAUCUUAUAUAUUAUCAAAAGCCGAUUGAAACAAAAUAACAUAAUUACGUUUUGAAACGACUUUAUUAUAUGAAUACCGGUACAUGGAAUAUGCGUUGCUUUAUGUCCAAUGUGUUUGUGUCAAGGUUACGAUGGUGCAAUAAACAUCUUGUUGACGAAAA